CUCAAAAUUCAAUUGACAAUUUUUGAUUACAGUGAGAAAAUAAGAAUUUUGUAUUUUUAAUUAUGGACGAAAUUGAUAAAGAAAAGAUAGCGGCUCUGCCUUCGCAGCUGGUCGUGGCUACAGUAUGUCACCCUAUGGAAUAUGCGAAGGUCCUCAUACAACUGGGAUACGAGCCUCUGCCCCCGCGGCGCUCCACAACUCUAUUCGGUCGGCCCGCGAUGAUAUUACCUAAUGUAUUCCAGUAUAUAAAGCACAUCAAGAAGUCCGACGGUUUCUUCGGUUGCUACAGGGGAUUAUCGGCGAAAGUUCUCGGCCUGAUUGCAUCGAGCCAGCUCACGUCGACAGUCGUUCACGGAUUGGGCAUCGAGUUGCCGGAAUUCAAUGAUCCCCCGAACAUCAUCACCGAUGAGGAACCGAUCAUGGAGGACUACAUCAAGCUCGGCCGCCGAGAUAUGAUCAUGCACACGGCGUCAGUCGUAGUGUCCUAUCCUUUCCAUGUCGUCUCUCUUAGAAUGAUGGCCUCGUUUGUCGGGAAGGAAGAGGACUACAGCUCCCUUUUGGGUGCUAUCGUAUCGAUCUAUAAAGACGACGGACUCCUAGGUUUCUACCACGGAAUAAUACCGAAACUGCUGGGAGAUCUAACCUGUGUCGCCGUCACGGGAAUACUGGCGUAUUAUGUUAACAAAUACUUGGUGAAGACGAAAGACCUGAGGUAUUAUACAGUGCCGCUGCUCACUUUCGUGACCAGUACUAUAACGUACCCGUUGGUGGUUGUGUCUACCUGCAUGGCAGUCGCGGGAAGUAGUCUGAAGGCGGGUAACCCACCACUGAUGCCUGCGUAUCCAUCCUGGCAAUCCUGCUGGAGGGAACUCCUCCGCACCAAACAGCACAAGCGUGGCUCAUCACUUAUAUUUAGGUACUACAUUGCUCCUAUUGCAGCUAUGCAGUAAAAUACCUC